AUGACUGUCUCCCAGAUUCGACCCGUGCGACUGUCUCCCGAGACAACGCGGCUGCUUGAGAUUGAUGCUCAACACUCGGCGGGCGGAGUGUUUCCCCUUCCCGUCCUCAUCAAGUCAAGCAAAGGAUCGAUACUCAAGGAUGUCGACGGAAAGGAGAUCAUUGACUUCAUCUGCAUGCUGAGCGCAACCAACCUCGGCCAGUGCCAACCGCAGCUUCUGAAGGCUGUCAGUGACUCGAUGAAGACCAUCACCCUGACGAACAUCGCCACUAAGGUGGGCGAUUGGGCCGAAUUGACGCGAGACAUGUGUCAGCGAUUCGGAGAUGAUAAAAUGGUCGGCAUGGUUUACAGUCAAGGUGCGUAA